AUGGCUCACUUUCUGGCCGUGAUCCUGGCGGCCCAGUCGGUAGCCGCUGUUGUAGUGACUGACCCUAUACCAUACGUCGACCAACUCAUUGGCACGUCGAACGGCGGCAAUGUCUUUGCCGGAGCCUGUCUGCCAUAUGGCAUGGCAAAGGCCGUCGCUGAUACCGACAGCCCCUCGAACCAAGGCGGCUUCACGACGGAUGGCGCCAACAUUACUGGCUUCUCGGGCAUGCACGACUCGGGGACUGGUGGCAGUCCAUCGCUAGGAUUGUUCCCAUUGUUUCCGUAUGCCAGCUGUGAAGGCGACGACAUCAAUGGCUGCGCGUUUCCGAAGAAAGAUCGUCGCACACCAUUUGACAAUACGACCCUCAAAGCUUCGCCCGGUUACUUCAGCCUGAAGCUGCAAAGCGGUGUGCAAGGAGAAAUGACUACCGCUUUUCAUACUGCGCUGUUCAAAUUCACAUUCCCUCAAGGCAAUAGUGGCAGUCCCGUCAUCUAUCUGGACCUUUCCGAUCUCUCCGACUCACGACAGGACAAUGCAACCAUCUCUGUGGAGGAUUCGGGACGCAUUACUGGCUCGGCUCGCUUUCAGCCCUCUUUUGGUCAAGACAAGUAUGUUGCAUAUUUCUGCGCAGACUUCCAGGGAGGCGCCAUCCGCGAGACUGGUAUCAUGGUGAAUAGUCGGGCCAGUGCAGAUGUGAAGGACUUGCAGAUCUCGAGGGGUAUCAACGGGUAUCCACUGCCUGGUGGUGCUUUCAUCCGCUUCCAAGACAGUAGUCCUGUGACUGCUCGCAUGGGAUACAGCUUCAUCAGCAGUGAACAGGCAUGCCAACUUGCUGAGACUGAAAUCUCCGACUUUGAUUUUGAGGGCACACACAAGACUGCCGUGGAUGCGUGGACGAAGAAGUUGAGUCCCAUCUCCGUCGAAACGAACGGGGUCAACGAUUCUGUGACCAAGAACUUCUACUCCGGCAUUUACCGCACUUUUCACAACCCGCAGAACUAUACUGGUGUGCAGCCAGUCGUCGGCGCGGACACAAUCUACUUUGACAGCUUUUACUGCAUCUGGGACCACUUCCGAUCCCAAUUUCCCUUCUUGGUGCUUAUUGAUCCACUUGCAAUGGAGCAAAUCGUCCAAGGUCUCCUGACUCUCUACGACAUUCAAGGUUGGCUGCCGGAUUGCCACAUGACUUUGAGCAAGGGAUACACUCAAGGCGGCAGUAACGCAGAUGUGGUGAUUGCAGACGCUUAUGCCAAGCUGAAAUCUACCAAUAUCGAUUGGAACAAGGCGUACGAGGCAGUGGUCCGAGACGCCGAGGAAGAGCCAUAUGAUUGGUGCUGUCAAGGCCGUGGUGGCUUGGACAGCUGGAAAGCACUCCACUACAUUCCCGUGGAGGAUUUUGACUACAAAGGAUUUGGCACUGCCACCCGCUCGAUUUCCCGCACAUUGGAGUACAGCUACAACGACUACUGCAUCUCCACCAUUGCAGCCGGACUCGGUAAGCAAGGCGACGUCGAAAAGUAUCAAGCCACGAGCGGCAACUGGAUCAACCUCUUCCGUGCCGACAAGACCUCCAUCCUCUUCAACUCCACCGAAGACACGGGCUUCACGGGCUUCUUCCAACCCAAAUAUCUGAACCAAACCUGGGGAAACCAAGACCCUCUCUACUGCUCCAACAUCGACAACAGCACCACCAAAUCCUGCAGUCUCCAAAACACCGCUUCGGAAACCUACGAAUCCUCCAUUUGGGAAUACUCCUUUUACGUUCCCCACGACAUGGCCAAACUCAUCGCCACCCUCGGCGGCCCCCAAACCUUCGUAUCCCGUCUCGAAUACCUCCACGAGAAAAACAUCACUUACAUUGGCAACGAACCCUCCUUUCUCACCGUCUACCAAUACCACUACGCCGGCCGUCCCGGUCUCUCCGCCAAACGCACCCACUUCUACGUCCCACGUUUCUUCUCUCCCACCUUUGACGGUUUGCCCGGAAACGACGAUUCUGGAACCAUGGGCGCCUUUCUCGCCUUCACCAUGAUGGGACUCGCGCCCAAUCCGGGUCAAGACGUCUAUUUCAUCAUUCCUCCCUUUUUCGAAAGUGUCAAUAUUACGCAUCCGACGACGGGCAAGACGGCCAGGAUCCGCAAUGUGAAUUUUGAUGCGAGUUAUGAGAAUAUUUAUAUUCAAAAGGCGGAAUUGAAUGGAGAGGCGUAUACGAAGAAUUGGAUUGAUCAUUCAUUCUUUACCGAAGGCAAAGAAUUGGUCUUGACCUUGGGUAAGAAUGAGAGUGAUUGGGGGACCAAAGUGGCGGAUUUACCGCCGAGUCUGAGUGAUUAUCAAUUCUGAGAGUAAGGUAUGUUGUGGAACAGUGAUGCAAUCAGGUCACAAAGAGGCAUAGAGGUACCUGCUUACAGCGCAAGACGAGUGCUCACUACGACAAUUUUAUGAAAACAAUAAUGAACAUUGC